UAAACAGCCGCGCUCAUCGUCCGUUAGUUUGGGUCUUCAGGCCCGAAUAUUACAGGAGACUGUAGCGGGACAAGGGAAGGUUAAAGGCCGGUUCUGAAGCUGCGCUCACUCCGUACUUUGUCGGUGUACUCAUCGAUUCCCUGCAGCGACCACUUGACUGGCAUUUGUGUCACGCCUCAGUGUCACCAUGGGCUCCUCCAGCACUUCUGCCGCUCUGCUGUGUCUGCUGGUGGGAACAGUGGCUGCCGUUCAGGUCCCACACACAGUGUUUCUGGAUAAGCAGCAGGCGAGCGCGGUGAUCUCACGUCAGAAGAGGGCCGUCGAUGACAGUAACCCUUCCCGGUAUUCCAACCUGGAGCAGGCCUGCAUGGAGAGGGUGUGCUCUUAUGAUGAAGCCAGAAAGUUCUUCGGCGACACAUACCGCACGGACAUCUUCUGGUCGGUCUACGUUGACGGAGACCAGUGUGCGGAGAAACCCUGCAAGAAUGGAGCACUCUGUUCGGACAGCGUGGGAGGAUACGACUGUGUCUGCAAGGCGGGUUUCACAGGGGUCCACUGUGAAAAUGACCAGACACUGUGCACCCUGGAAAAGAACAAGGGCUGCUCUCAGUUCUGUAAACCAAGCUACAUGUCCUAUCAGUGCUCCUGUGCCCGUGGAUGGAAGCUCAGCAGAGACAGAAACAAGUGUGAGCCUGCAGUCAGUUAUGCCUGUGGUAAAGUGAGCUCUCUGCGUCAGUGGGAUGACAGACAGCAACUCAACCAGAAAAGAAACUAUGAGGGACUCAGCUGUAUGUCUUCAGAGUGUCCCUGGCAGGCUCUUCUAAAGACUUCAGAUUCAGCAGGUUUCUGCAGUGGAGUCAUUCUGAAGGAGAACCUGGUUUUGACCUCAGCUCAGUGUGGCAAAAAACACACUAACUUCCAAGUGGCUGUUGGCAAGGUCAGAACCGACAAUGAAGAGGGAGAGCAGACGCUGCAUGUAGAAUUAGUCCACGUCCACCCGCGCUAUGUGGAGGGCCGCCCUGAAAAUGACCUGGCCGUGGUCCAGCUCCGUGAUCGCAUCGUCUUUAAGAAGGGUGUGAUCGCCGCCUGUCUCCCGGAAAGAGACUUUGCAGAGCGUGUCUUGAUGACAGGACAGAGUCCCGCUGUGAUCACCGGCUGGAAAGAAUCCAAACAAGAAGUAUCUGCUCUCCAGGGCCCACUCACUCUUAACCACCUGGCAUACAAGCAACUACCUCAGUGUGUGGAGACUCACCCCAACCUGAUUACCAAUAAAAUGGGCUGCACUGUUCCUCAAACUAAUGCUGACUGUACCAUGAGCCCUGGAAGCCCCCUGCUCACCUUACACAGGGAGGUGUUCUUUCUCACUGGGGUGGUGAGCCAGCCGCCCGGGGCUGAGUGCAGCAAGGGUUACAUCUUCCAGAAAGUGUCACGCUACAGUGGCUGGCUGAAGUCUCUCAUGGGCACCCGCUAAGCGUGAGUCAGUCAGUAGCUUUUUGGUUUACAUAUAUAGGAUAUUGCAGCUGAUAAUAUAUCAUAAAAAAAGUUCAGGUGAAUAUCUCCAUGUGUGCACCUGUUGCUCAAUCUGCUUAUUAGUGUUUCCUUUUAUUGUCUUGUGAUAAUACCCAUUUCCCAAUUAACCUGUGGCUAAGCCCCGCCCUCAAACCACUUCUGAACGUGGUUUAUGUGAUCAGAUCUGAGGACACAUCCAGGACAUGUCUUAUAUAGGGUCAAAGAUGACGCUGCUAUCUUGCUAAAGUUAACUAACUGCACUGAUGCCAACGUUAGUGUCGACAGGGAUGUAUCAUUAGCUCAGAAACUGCACACUGCUCAUCAUGACGACGUCUUUUAAAACACUUUCAUAACACACCGGGUCAUAGACGACAUCCAGUUCUAUCAACAUGAAAAUGCCUCCAUAAAGCAUGUUCAGCUCAAACACAAACAACUGAAUCAUCAUAUCGUUAGAAACGCCUGCACUUAUACACAAGCAAAUGAUCUAGACAAGUAGACCACUAAGCUCCAUCCAAGCUAUAGCCUAAUAAGAUAAGAUAAUCCUUUAAUAGUCCUACACUGGGACAAGACAACAUCCACUCGUCGUACAUAAAUUAUGUCCCACUUUUUUCCCCCUCACUUUUGUCACCAUUUUAAUUGUGGCCUGUUUGUCUGAGUGAACUAAGGGGGCGGGGUUUAGUGGAAGCUCAGUUGUUAGAAUUAUGGUAACAACAUCCACUGCUUUCCAUGGACAUCCUCAUUUAUCCACAAGGUGGCUCUCUGUGAACAUAAACACUGAAUGUGACUGCAUGAGCGUCAAACCGCAGGGACAAGCACAGCAGCAUGAGACUGAGUGAAUUAUUCAGCGUAUGUUUUGUGAUGUAGAAAUACCUAAUAACCUUUAAGUCAUGUUGGUUUUUUUGUGACUACUGUACUGGGUGACAUGCUCCUUGUAACAUUCCUGGUGAUCACUACUCUCUGAAUGUAAUAAAAACCCAACACCA